AUGAAUAGUUGCUACCUUUUAGUCUUUGGGGAGGUGGCACCGACAUCACAGAAAGGCGUCUGUCAACGUCAUGUCAACGAUAUUGCCGGAUUUCUAAGGUGUGCUCACGUGACCAUCAAUGUUCGUCAUGAAGGCGACGUGGAGGAGAAGGUCGUAUUUUUUAAAGUGUCGAAAUCGUCUGGAGCUUGUUAUGGCUUCCGCAAGGAAAAGGCCAGACGAGUGGAACCAUUCGGUCCAGUGGGUUUGGUUUACAAGAAAGCCGACGUACGAGCUGAUAUUGAUGCAAACAAACGAGACAAGUUUUGGUCUGACCAAGAGAAACUUGAGAAGCAGCGCGUUCAAGAGGAACGUAAGGUAAAAAUUGAGGAAGAAAAGAAGCGGACAGUGAAAUCAAAGAGAGGGAGGCAAGAGAGACAACUUUGUGGAGAGAGGGAAGCUGAACGUGAACGAUCAAUUGAUGGACAGAAAGCUCGUGAAAGGGAAGACUAUCGUAGACGUGAAGAAGAAGACAGAGCACAUUACAAAGCUCGCAUGGAGCAGUUGGAUGCUGAAACCGAGAGAGAGAAGCGGCAAGCAGACGAGGACAGACGAAGGUUUAAGCAGCAGGAACGUGAGACAAUCGGUGCUGCAGUGAGGCACAUAAAGGAAACUGUUGCUGAGCGAGAAGUCGCUACUUGUCAGGUGGAAGAAGAGCCGCAGACGCUCAGCAUGCAGUAGAAGAAGCAAGACAUGCAGUGGAAGAGGCAAGGGCCAUGCGAGAUGCAGAGGCACAAGCAGAGGCAGAAGCCGAGCAAGCACUAGCUGAACAGAGAAAACUUGAGAAGCAGUGUGUUCAAGAGGAACGUAAGGCAAGAGGAGGAAGCAAAGAAGCGAGAUGGUGAAGUCGAACAGAUGGAGGCAAGAGAGAGACAACUUCGUGGAGAGAGGGAAGCUGAACGUGCACAAGCAAUUGAUGCACAGAAGUGGGAAAACUCGCAUGGAGCAGUUGGAUGCUUGAAACUGAGAGCAAGAAGUGGCUAGCACAUGAGGAAAGAUGAAGGUUUAAGCAGCAGGGAACUGCAUUGGAUAGUUUGCUCCAGUCAUCACUAUUCACGUGGCACUGGUCAUUGCUAUGAAUUGAUGUUCAUGCAUGUUGGUGUGGUUUGCAUGCAACAUGCUGCAAAGUAAGUUAAUUAAAUGUAUUGGAAAUGUAUUAUGGGAGACAUCAAGUGUCAGUUCUCAAAUGAAUGUAAGGUAGAUGAGUCUGUCUUAAAUACAAAGGUUGGUUGUCUCUUAAUGUUUCUAGUUACACAAAGCCGCAGUUUGUGAGUCUAGUCCAUCAACAAGUCAUGCAGUGGAUCAAGAGAAGCAAGCAGUCAGCAGCCCAGCCGUCAGUUUGAAUAGUGGCAGAGUUUGCAAACGAGCAGACAGACUAGAUGUGUAAGUUAGAGGAGAGAUGGAGUGAUAGUGAGGCGUCUAGAUGACGUGAGAGUAGGAGGUGUAGUGUUGAAUUGAGUUUUGUUGAAUACAUUACU